UAGUUACAACUGGUGUUUUAGGUCUUCCUUGGAAUAGUACAGGGAUAAAAUUGAAAGUGAAAAAUAAAAAAAAUUCCGGGCAACUGUGCCUUCGCAAUGAGGAUAUUUGAUUCAUAAAAUAAAUCUUAUUUAUGAAAAAAGUCGAAAUUUUUAGUAUUCGAUCAUGAUCCGUUUAUAGAAAUUGUCUGUUAGAGUUCAAUUUUUCACUAAAAGUUUAGAGGUUACUUAAAAGCACAAAUGUCUGAUUCUAUGACAUGCAAAAAUUUACUCACUGCUGUUAAACAAUUGGCAGACAGUGAAAUUGAGUUAAUAAAAACAAUAAAGGAUUCAGAAAAGAUAAACACUAAAAAUAUUAAAAAUACAAUGUCUGUAACAGAUAAAGAGAGGCCUAAAAAAUCUGCAAAACCGUUUAAUGUUCGUCCAUCUGCUGCUUUAUUAGCAGCUAAACGAGAAGCAGCUCAACAACGUAUAUUGCAAGAAAAAAAAUCGAACAAUAUUUUUGUACAUGAUAUAUAUCAAAAAGCUAUUGAUGCGUAUAACACAAAGAGAAUGGAAACUGGCAUUGUAUUUGAUAAUUCAAUGACAGAACAUAAAUGCCUUUGGGAUCCAAAUUAUCCAGAAUGUCCUGCUAGAUUGACAAAAAUUUUGCAAAGAUGCGAGGAGCUAGGUUUAAUAAGUAGAUGUAAAUUAAUCACACCAAGACAAGCUUCAGAGGAUGAAAUACUUAUGAAGCACAGCCAAGAACAGAUAGAUAUUUUGAAAGCCACUGACAAAUGUACAGAUAUAGAUACUUUAGAAUUAUUAUCAUCGAAAUAUGAUGCCAUUUAUAUACAUCCUUCUACCUAUCAAUUGUCUUUGUUAGCUGUGGGUUCUACAAUAAAUUUAGUGGAAAGCAUUUGUAAAGGAGAAAUUCAAAAUGGUAUGGCCAUUAUAAGACCACCAGGACAUCAUGCAAUGAAAUCAGAAUAUUGUGGAUAUUGUUUCUUUAAUAAUGUUGCUAUUGCUGCUGAAAAAGUUUUAAGUAGCAAUUUAGCUAGUAAAAUUUUAAUUGUUGAUUGGGAUGUGCAUCAUGGACAAGCUACUCAGCAAAUGUUUUAUAAUGAUCCACGAGUAAUUUAUUUUUCAAUUCAUCGUUAUGAAAAUGGUGAAUUUUGGCCAAAUCUUAGAGAAUCUAAUUUUCAUUUUGUUGGAGAUGAUUUAGGUGAAGGGUACACUUUUAACGUGCCACUUAAUAAAACUGGUAUGACCAAUGCUGAUUAUUUAGCCAUAUUUCAACAGGUUUUAUUGCCAAUGGCCUAUGAGUUUAAUUCAGAUUUCGUCAUUGUCUCGGCUGGAUUUGAUUCUGGAAUUGGAGACGAAAAGGGUGAAAUGUUGCUAACACCUGCAUGUUAUGCUCAUUUACUAUCAUCAUUAUUGAGUUUGGCCUCCGGAAAAGUUGCUGUUAUAUUAGAGGGUGGUUAUUGUUUAAAAUCAUUAGCAGAAAGUGCAGCAUUAACAUUACGUACUUUGUUAGGUGAUCCAUGUCCUAUGUUAGAAACUCUUACCUUACCAUCAAUAAGUAUACGUGAUACAAUUUUAAAUGCAAUUUAUGCGCAUAAACCAUAUUGGAAAUGCUAUCAGUAUCAAGAUACAUACAGUAUUAAUAGUACAACAAAUAAUAAAGAAGAAAAUACUGAUCAAUAUUUACCUAUAGUUACAUUCAAAGGAACUGAUAUUAAGCCUGAGAUAUAUGAAACUCGAAAUUGUUACCCAAUUCAAAAUAAAGAUGUUAUAGAAAUGAUAGAAAAGCAGUUAAAUACAUUAAUACAGUUCACUAACUUGUCUAAAGCACCAAACAAGGUAUGCAUUGUUUACGAUGAUAGAAUGUUAAAACAUUGUGAUAUGUCAGAUGAUAAUCAUCCAGAAAAACCAGAUCGUAUUAAUUUUAUUUAUAAAAAAUAUCAAGAGUACAAUUUACUUGAUCGGUGUUAUGUGCAAGAGGGACGAAGUGCAACACGAGAAGAAUUAAUGUUAGUUCAUUCAAAAGAAUAUAUCGAUAAAAUAAAAGAUACAGAAACUUUAAAACCAAAGGAUUUACAAAAGCAGGCAAAAACUUAUAAUUCAGUUUAUUUGCACCCUGAAACCUGGACAAGUGCCUGUGUAUCAACUGGAUCGUUAUUACAAGUAGUUCAUAGUGUAUUAAUUGGAGAAAGUCAGUCUGGUGUUGCUAUUGUUAGGCCUCCAGGACAUCAUGCUGGGGAGAAUAUAGCAUGUGGUUUUUGUAUUUUUAAUAAUAUUGCUGUAGCAACUAGAUAUGCUAUAGAAUUUCAUCAUGUAAAACGAGUAUUGAUAAUAGAUUGGGAUGUACAUCAUGGUAAUGGAACUCAAUCCAUUUUUGAGGAAGACUCCAAAGUUUUAUAUAUAUCUGUUCAUCGUUACGAUAAUGGCAGUUUUUUUCCAAAUUCUAAACGAGCAAACUACUCUUACGUUGGUUCUCAAUCAGGAGAAGGUUUUACUGUUAAUAUACCAUGGAAUAAGAAAGGAAUGGGUGAUGCAGAAUAUAUAGCAGCAUUUCAACAAAUAGUAAUGCCGAUUGCUUAUCAGUUUAACCCAGAAUUAAUUUUAGUUUCUGCGGGUUUUGAUGCAUGUAUUGGUGAUCCUCUAGGAGGCUGCUUUGUAACACCAGAAAUGUAUGGGCACUUAACACACUGGUUAUCUUCUUUAGCCAAUGGUCGUGUUAUUCUUAGUCUUGAAGGAGGUUAUAAUACUAAUUCAAUCGCGCAUGCAAUGGCUAUUUGUACGAAAUCCUUGCUUGGUGAUCCUUUACCGAUGUUAGAAAAUGGACAUAUUCCAUGUAUAAGCGCUAUUCACACUAUAAAUAAUGUUAUAAAAACACAAAAACAAUACUGGCCAAAUUUAGCAUUUAAUUUAUCUUUACCAAAAGAAAGAGUACUUCCUAAGCCUAAAAUUCCACAUAUAAAGACAAAUGAACGCGUUAUAAACAAUGAAGAACUUUUAAAACAUUCAGAAUCUAAGAUAGCGCUGGAAGAAAUAGAAACUGAAAAAAUGCGGAGAAGACCUAUAACUCGGCAGAUAAUAAAUAAAAAAUGUAACACAGACUGGCAAGCCGUUUCUGAAGAAUUGAAGGAAUUAGAAAAGAAGAUUCUUAUUCCAUCUUAUAAGCAACAAACGAUUAAUACUCAUGACGAAGUUUCUAACUAUACAAAAAAAUGCACAAAUCCAGAUGAAAAAGGACAUUCUGAUGAAAACUUUACCAAUUCUGCUGCUGGAAGUAGUGGUGAGCAGAAUGAAAAUGCAAGGGCACAAACGAGUAAUAGUAAAAGUUUACAGGAUUAUUUUUCAGAAAAUUUGCAUUCAUUAAUAGCUGGAGACAUGUUUGCGGUGAUACCAUUGCGAGAUUGUCCACAUUUGAAUAGCGUUAAGGAUGUACCAGUUUCAGGAAUUGAUAUACGUACACCAUGUAUAGACUGCAACAGCAACAUUGAAAACUGGGUUUGUUUACAAUGCUAUAGUGUUCAUUGUGCUCGUAAUAUUAAUCAACAUGGUUUAAUACAUGCUGAAAAAAUGGAACAUCCAUUGGCUCUAAGUUUUAGUGAUUUAUCAGUUUGGUGCUACAAAUGUGAAGCAUAUAUAGAUAAUCCGCAAUUAUUUGCCGCACGUAAUGCUGUACAUCAAAGUAAAUUUAAUGAGGAAUUACCAUGGACGUAUAACGACAAUUGAAAUAAAAAUGUAUUUGACAAAAUUUUGUAAUUAACAUUAUGUAUUUCAUAACAUUUGUAAAACACAGAUUUUUGUGGUUAGAUAAAUUAUUAACAUAACUUGAAAA